ACUUUGACUAGUUUAUUGCAAAAUUCAGUAAAGAGCGAUGUUGGAAAAUGAGAGACUGCUUCCAGAAUCAGUCCUAUUUGAACUUCCAUUUCAACAAAAUUUGGAGGAGUUGGCUUCUUCUUCAGUUCCACGAAGUUUCUCCUUCAAUGAAUCAGCGAAUCGCGUCAAUUGGCAAUACAGAGAGCUCAAGACAGAUCGGUGCAGUCUCAAGCAGAGAGAUCGAAGAAGAGCCCGUGGAAGCUAUUAGUGAAGAUAAAAUUUGUGUUGCUGUCGGGAAAGAUGUGAAAGAGUGCUUAUCAGUUUUGAGAUAUGCACUAAAAUCCUCACGUGGGAAGAAGAUCUGCCUCCUCCAUGUUCAUGUCCCCGCACAGAUGAUUCCGUUAAUGGGAACCAAGUUUCCAGCAAACUCAUUGGAGAAAGAGGAGGUGAGAGCAUAUCACGAGUUUGAGAAGCAAAAUUUGCCUAGGGUCAUGAAUGAGUAUAUUCUGUACUGUCUUCAAGAAGGGGUUCAUGCUGAUAAAUUAUGUGGUGAAGCUGAGUGUAUUGAAAAGGGAAUAGUUGAUAUGAUCUCCCUGCACAGGGUUAAUAAGCUUGUUAUGGGAGCAGCUGUAGACAAGUGUUAUUCAAGGAGAAUGGUGGAUCUGAAGUCUAAGAAAGCCAUCUACGUGCGUUCACAUGCACCGGCUUUCUGUCACAUUGAGUUCAUUUGCAAGGGGAACCUCAUCUGCGCCAGGGAGGGUAGAUCAGAUGAAGCCCAAGUAGAAACCAUCAUCACAUCACCACAAUCAAGUCCAGACGCUGUAUCCUUAGAAAUUACCCACCGGAGAUCUCAGUCUCUGCCACUGGGACAGGUUAAUAGCAGGGAAAUUGGAAGUUCAUCUUCCAAUUUACGUUCUAGAGGGAGAUUAUUGCUUGUUGACCAUUUUAGAAGGAGCAUACUAGAUCCUUCUUCUCCAGAUAUAAUGAAUGGGGUUCAUACUGCAAGAAACUUGGAUGUUAACGAGGCUAUGGAUGAAUGGGGUUCAUUAAGGAAAAGUCCUUCUGAAAGGUCAGACAAUUCCAUAUGCUCUCCUUGUGGUGUGAUUGAUAUGGCUUCGUCACCACUUUGUAUGGUUGAGUUAUGUGCAGGGCUCGAGCAGUAUGGGAAGAUCAGUGAUAACCUUUACAAUCAAUGUGAAUGUGUGAUGAUGGAGGCUGCAAAUGCAAGGCAUGACGCAUUUUUAGGGGCAAUUGCAUGUAGAAAAUCCGAGAAAGAGACUGUUAAAGCUCUACACAGGGUUAGAGCUGCAGAAGGGUUAUAUGCCGAAGAACUGAAACAAAGGAAGAAGGUUGAACAAGAGUUAGCGAAGGAAAAGGCAAAACUUGAAAGUAUAAAGACACAACUAAAUAAAGAGAUGGAAGAGCUCUUGGUUGCACAAGAUCAGAAGGCAAGUCUAGAGAGAGAUCUUUUAGAAUCUGAUCUAGCCGCAAAGGAGUUGGAGCAAAAGUUUCUUUCUGCUGUUGAAUUGUUACAGAGUUACAAAAGAGAGCGAGAGGAAUUGCAGAUUCAAUGCGACAAUGCACUUAGAGAAGCAGAGGAGUUUAGAAAAAACCAAUCCACAGACCGAUACCUUCCACGGUUCUUUACUGAGUUCCCUUUUCGGGAGAUCGAGGAAGCAACUAAUAACUUUGAUCCCUCCCUGAAGAUUGGAGAAGGGGGAUAUGGAAGUAUAUUCCGAGGUAACUUGCGUCAUACUAUGGUGGCUAUAAAAAUCCUUCAUCCUGAUAGUUCUCAAGGCCCGUCUGAAUUUCAACAGGAGGUUAAUGUAUUGAGUAAGAUGAGGCAUCCCAAUCUUGUCAUGCUCAUUGGUGCCUGUCCUGAAGCUUGGGUUCUCAUCUAUGAAUACCUCUGUAAUGGAAGCCUUGAAGAUAGGCUAAGCUGCAAGGAUAAUACUCCACCUUUAUCUUGGCAAACACGAAUACGCAUUGCCACCGAGUUAUGCUCAGCCCUUAUGUUUCUUCACUCAAGUAAGCCCCACAGCAUCAUUCAUGGUGACUUGAAACCUGCAAAUGUAUUACUUGAUGCAAAUCUUUCAUGCAAGCUUGGCGACUUUGGAAUUUGUCGCUUAUUGUCUCGAGAUGAAAUGCUAAACAGCGAAACCCUUGUUUGGAGAACUGACAAUCCCAAGGGGACUUUUGCUUACAUGGAUCCUGAAUUCCUUUCAUCUGGAGAGCAAACAACAAAGUCAGAUGUUUAUUCAUUUGGGAUAAUACUUUUGCGGUUAUUGACCGGUAGGUCUGCAAUGGGGAUAUCAAAGGAAGUGCAAUAUGCAAUAGGAAAUGGAAAGUUAGAAUCCAUUUUGGAUCCUUUAGCAGGAGAUUGGCCAUUUGUUCAGGCCGAACAGCUCGCUCGAUUGGCAUUGAGGUGUUGUGAUUUGAAGCGAAAGAGCCGCCCCGAUCUCAUUACUGAUGUCUGGAGGGUGCUUGGACCAAUGAGGGCUUCCUGUGGAGGCCCAUUGUCUGUCCAGCUCGGUUCUGCCGAACACUCGCAACCUCCCCCUUAUUUUAUCUGCCCCAUCUUUCAGGAAGUCAUGCAAGAUCCACAUGUGGCUGCGGAUGGUUUUACAUAUGAAGCGGAGGCUCUGAGAGGAUGGCUAGACAGUGGACACGAUACUUCGCCAAUGACGAAUCUUAGGCUCGAGCACGGGAACCUUGUCCCAAACCGUGCUCUUCGCUCUGCUAUCCAGGAGUGGCUUCAACGGAACUGAAACGUUCCCAUUUGUCGGUCACCAAAUAUGAAGAAUGUGAGGAAAGGAAAAAAAAAGAGGGGGACUGGGAGGAAGUCACGGUAUCUGCAACUAUUCUUCUUUCAUAUUGCUCCCCCUCUUCUGUUUUCCUUUAGUAGUGAGUUAAUAUUUUAGUGUGUUUUUUAUAGCUUAUACAGUUUAGCGGAUACGUAAAAAAUGCUAUCUGUUUGGAUAUUUAUUUGUGAUUAAGAAGACACUAAGCUGCGUGCCAUUUGUAUAUAACAACGCAUGGAUUUUUGCCUCUUA